AUGAGAGCAGAUAUAAAAAAUGUGUUUAAUACAAAUGUCAGUUAUGGAAAGUGUAAGAGGGCUAAAAGAGAGAUUUUAGAGAAACUAGAAGGCAGUUUUACAGAUGGCUACAAUAAAAUUGAGGCAUAUGCCAAUGAACUUGGAGAAAGUAAUCCAGGGAGUGAUGUGAUCAUUAACUUGUCAAAUGAUGCACUUGCUCAAGCUUGGGCAAUUGUAGAUAAGGAAACUAAGAGAACAUUGAAUUGGUUCUUGGAAUUACUUCAAAGGUCAUUGGAUCUCAAAGAGGGUGAAGAGAUUACCUUCAUGUCAGACAUGCAGAAGAGUCAAAUCAAGAUAUUUGUUAAACACAUUGAGGCAAACUGGUGCAAAAAAUGGAGAACAGAUGAGUUUAAGAAGUUGUUAUGGUGGUGUUCAUGGUGCUCAUAUGAGGAAGACUUCAAGGACCAGUUGAAGAGCAUUGGUAAACUGGAUAAGGAAGCUGCAGAAGCCUUACUCAAAUAUCCUCCUCAAGCUUGGUGUAGAGCCUAUUUUGACACAGUGUAUAAGAACCAAAGAGUUGACAAUAAUUUCACAAAAUCCUUGAGGGAGAGAGAAGAAUCUGCUAGUUUAUGGGCUACAUCUUUCAGUCCACAUAGCAUGAAGUUAUACAAUGAGUACCUGAAGAUAGCUAAUAGACGUGUUGUUAACUCCAAUGGUGAAUUUGGAUAUAAAGUCAAAGAAGAGGGAGAUACGCACACUGUCAAUGUGGCUGUGAAGAGAUGCACAUGUAGGGGAUGGGAUCUCAUUGGAAUUCCAUGCCCCCAUGCCAUUAAAGCAAUUCAGUACAAGAAGAUGGAUCCUUUGAAAGAAAUAAAUUGGUGGUAUAGCAAAGAAGCAUACAUGCUUACUUAUAAACACAAAUUGCAGCCAGUCAGGGGUGAAAAAUUUUGGAAAGUUGAAGAAUCUCAAGCAAUGAAACCACCCGAGUUAGUCAAGCUGGCUGGAAGGCCUAAAAUCAAGAGAUCAAGGCAAAAAGAUGAAGCAAUCAAGCAGCAAGGUGAGUGGGGAGUUUCUAGGAAGGGAAGACUACCCAACAAGGAGAAAAGGCAAAGAAUGCUUGAUGAAGAUGAAGAAGUGGGGCAACAUCCACAAGAAGAAAUCAACCUUACUGCACCCCAAUGUAGUCAAGCAAGUCAAGGCCCAGAGUUUGUUUUCAUGCAUACACCGGGUGUCUAUAGUGAGACUUCAAGCAGUUCAUUUCCUGCUUUUGAGCAUCCAGAACUAGAAAUGAACCAGCUAUAA